GAAGUCGAUACGUGGCCGCCGCCUGUCCCCGCCGAGGAGGCGCAGCAGGCGGAGAUGGCGGCGGUGCUAAACGCAGAGCGACUUGAGGUCUCCGUCGACGGCCUCACGCUAAGCCCGGACCCGGAGGAGCGACCCGGCGCUGAGGGCGCCCCGCUGCUGCCGCCGCCGCUGCCGCCGAUGCCGCCGCCCUCGCCUCCAGGGUCCGGCAGGGGCCCGGGCGCCGCAGGGGAGCAGCCAGAGCCUGGGGAGGCGGUGGCCGGGGGCGCGGCGGAGGAGGCGCGGCGGCUGGAGCAGCGCUGGGGCUUCGGCCUGGAGGAGCUAUACGGCCUGGCCCUGCGCUUCUUCAAAGAAAAAGAUGGGAAAGCAUUUCAUCCAACUUAUGAAGAAAAACUGAAACUUGUGGCACUGCAUAAGCAGGUUCUUAUGGGCCCAUAUAAUCCAGACACUUGUCCUGAGGUUGGAUUCUUUGAUGUGUUGGGAAAUGACAGGAGGAGAGAAUGGGCAGCCCUGGGAAACAUGUCUAAAGAAGAUGCCAUGGUAGAGUUCGUCAAGCUCCUGAAUAGGUGUUGCCAUCUCUUUUCAACAUACGUUGCAUCCCACAAAAUAGAGAAGGAAGAGCAAGAAAAAAAAAGGAAGGAGGAGGAGGAGCGAAGGCGGCGUGAAGAGGAAGAACGAGAGCGUCUGCAAAAGGAGGAAGAGAAACGUAGGAGAGAAGAAGAAGAAAGGCUUAGACGGGAGGAAGAGGAGAGGAGGAGGAUAGAAGAAGAGAGACUUCGGCUGGAGCAGCAGAAGCAGCAGAUAAUGGCAGCUUUAAACUCCCAGACUGCCGUGCAGUUCCAGCAGUACGCAGCCCAACAGUAUCCAGGGAACUACGAGCAGCAGCAGAUUCUCAUCCGCCAGUUGCAGGAGCAACACUAUCAGCAGUAUAUGCAGCAGUUGUAUCAAGUCCAGCUUGCACAGCAACAGGCAGCAUUACAGAAACAACAGGAAGUAGCAGUAGCUGGGGCUUCCUCUCCUGCAUCUUCAAAAGUGAAUGCAACUACGCCAAGUGAUAUGAUGUCAGUUAACGGACAGGCCAAAGCCCACCCUGACAACACUGAAAAAGAGAUUGAACCAGAGGCCGCCGAAGAAGCCCUGGAGAAUGGACCAAAAGAAUCUCUUCCAGUAAUCGCAGCUCCAUCCAUGUGGACACGACCCCAGAUCAAAGACUUUAAAGAGAAGAUCCGGCAGGAUGCGGAUUCCGUGAUUACAGUGGGCCGAGGAGAAGUGGUCACUGUUCGAGUACCCACCCAUGAAGAAGGGUCAUAUCUCUUUUGGGAAUUUGCGACAGACAAUUAUGACAUUGGGUUUGGGGUAUAUUUUGAAUGGACAGACUCUCCAAACACUGCUGUCAGCGUGCAUGUCAGUGAGUCCAGCGAUGACGACGAGGAGGAGGAAGAGAACAUCAGUUCUGAAGAGAAAGCAAAAAAGAAUGCCAACAAGCCCCUGCUGGAUGAGAUUGUGCCUGUGUACCGGCGGGACUGUCACGAGGAGGUGUAUGCCGGCAGCCACCAAUAUCCAGGGAGAGGAGUCUACCUCCUCAAGUUUGACAACUCCUACUCUUUGUGGAGGUCAAAAUCAGUCUACUACAGAGUCUAUUAUACUAGAUAAAGAUGUUACAGAGUCUGGAGUCUAGGGUUGAGCGGAAGAUGGCAUUUAAUUUGAAAUUUUCUUUUGACUUUUGUGGAGCAUUGCAGUCAGUGUUUACCCUGUUGAUUUUGGUCUGAUGGUUUGUGACUCUUGCUGGGAAUCAGGAUUUCCUUGAAACUCUUUUGAGCAUUAGUACUUUGGGGUGAAAGGGACUCCUCAGACUCAUCCAGCCCUUCGGUGCUGACCAGCAGUGUCACGAGUGGAUGCUGAUGUCACACGAGCUCCGUGUUAAAUCUUUUAAAGUCUCCAAAAUAAAGCAGCUCAACAUUGACCCCACCUGGCUGAUGGCUAGUCCGUUGCUGCCUGCUCUGUGUUUUCUGAGCACCCAUAGCUACAGUGCCCUCUGAUUUGAAGUCCUGUAAUAGUCUACAUGAGGACACCUCACUUUCAUCGAAGGUCACCAUUUUUUAAACUUAGGAUGUCACAGAUAUAAUAGAAAAGAAAUUGCCUCAAUUUGAUCUUAUUCUGAAUGACCCAGAUUGUUUUGCUUUGGGUACGGCUGUCUAGUUAAGAGCUAUGUUACAGAUAAUUAUUUUCUGAAUAAUCUUAAUAUAGAAUGUUCAAAUCUAAUUGAUAAUUGAAAUAUCAAGACACAUAGAACACUGAAAACAUCCAUCUUAGCAAGCCUCCACAAACCCUUGGCCCUUUUCUCCUCAUCUGGUAUUUAUACUACCAGUAGCAAAGCAAAAAAAAGUAAUUCAUUUUUGUCUUGAUUUGGCUUUAUAGAGCAUCUCAAAUUGAAACUGUUUUCUACACAAGCAUAUAGUUAGGGAUUUUGUAAACAAAUUGACACCUACUGAAUUAAAAUAUAUAAGGUCAUUUAAAUAUAAUUCAGUGUAUGGUGAAUAACAUUGCACUAAUAUGGAAAUCACUGCCAGAGAUAGUCCAUUUUCUUUUGAUUUGAUACUACUUAGGCACAUAUCCUACAUGAUCCCAGUUGGGAAUUACUUAAUAGAAAGAAUUGGAAAUGCACAUGGCCAUGCUUAAAUUUUUUUAUAGCUUUAAUCUGUAUUAUGUCUUCAUUGAUGGAAGGAGGUACAUCUUUGUUUUCCUUACUGGAAUCAAAUAUGGAUUAGUUGCCUCAAAUUUGUGUAAGUGAUUGACUAGUGUAGAGAUUCUUGUUUUCAGAAGGGUGGUAUAGAUAGAAAAUUAUAAAGAUGGCAAUAUACACAUAAUGUUGUUAUUAUAUGUUCUUACUGAAAUACUUAGAUUUUUAAAAUUUUUGAUCAUAAAUCACUUCUUGUAGGAGGGUUUCCAUUGAUUAGCUGCAGUGUAUACAGUUCACUACAUAAGGGGCUGUUUGUUUUUUUUGUGUGCUGCAUUUUUUUCUGUUUUUUAAUACCUGGUUUUGUACAUAGCUAACUCUGUUCUCUUUUGAUUAUUUGGAAACUGGAUUAUUUUCUCCUAAGCAGUGCUUAAUUUGUGUUUUUUAAUUUCGAUUCAGUAGUCCCAGUUUAUAGGUGUUCAUUCUGUUACACCCAGAAGCUUUGUCACAUUGUCCAUCAGUUCUCAUGUAUAUGGUAUAGAAACCAUGGGGUUAGGUACCUCCUGGCAUUUUUUUUUUUUAAUGAGAAAAUACUGUAUUUAAAAUGUAAAAUAAACUUUUAAAAAGCAGGCACUAAUAUAUAUUUCUUCCAGCCUUUGAUUACAGAUUUGUCCUUGCACAUGUUAAGAUGAAUUAUUCUCUAAAAAUAUUGUUCCUGGGAGCAGUGUAUGUUACUUCACAUAGCAGCAAUUCCUGUCACAUGUUCAUGUCAGAACAUUUUUGGUUUUAAACUUUUUUUAUUGCCUUUGGCUGUCGAAUAGAAUAUUAAAAGUGCGAUUUCCAAAAGAUCUUGAAAAUAAUAUAUUUAAUCAAUUAAAAUGUUUAUCUGUAACUUGUUGAUGUUUCAUUAAUAUAGUUAUUCUCUGAAGCAUUAGUUCUGUAUUUCAUCAUUUGGGUAGGAGGAGAAGAAAUGUUUUAAAUGAUCUGUUUUAAAAAGCUAAACAAUAUCAAACUAUUGUUGGCUGAUUAUUUUGUUUCUGCUGUGGUUUACCCUAGUUUGUUAGAAUAGGUUAACAGUUUUUCAGACUUUAUUUUUUUUUUUGAAAGUGUCCUGUAGCUUGUGAAAGUGUCAUUUGCUCAAUCAUGUCCGACUCUUUGUGACUCCGUGGACUGUAACCCAUGAGGCUUCUCUGUCCAUGGUUUUCUCCAGGCAAGAAUACUGGAACAGGUUGCAUCCCAUCCCGGAGAUCGAACCCAGGUCUCCUGCACCGCCUGCAGAAUCUUCACCAUCUGAGCCACUAGGGAAUCCCCAGAUUUCUUGAUGGAAGGGAAGACAAUUGACUUUUAUUUGAAAUUACUUACUAUAUUUCCCCUAUCAAACUGUUGGUAUAGCAUAUUCCUUGCAGCAGUGUGAGGCUUGCCACAGUCAGUGUGAUGUGAAAUGCCACCAACUGUUCUUAAAAUGACCCAACUGAAAUGUCAGGAGACUUGGACAUUAAUUUUUUUUUCCCCUUUGGAAAUUCGGAGAGGCUCAGUGAGGUUACUACCUAUUUUUUUCCCCCUGUGUGGUUUGUUGCUACCAUGAAGGCAGAUCAUGGAACAGUUAGAGUUGAUACGUGAGCACAUCUUGGAAACCAUGCUAUGGAGCCUUGACCCUAAAAACGUCUGUGAAUCAAUAUUGGACUUCGGUCUCCAUACAUUUGCCUAGGGUUCUUCAGCUUCCUUACUGAAAGUUUUUUAAGACCAAGUUGAUUAUUGUCCCUUCAACACCUUUGAGUAUAUUACAUUUUUCAGAUGCUUAUUAUGUUAACUGAUUUGUUUUAUAAUUGAAGAUGGAAGCACUGACUCUAUUUUUAUUAGUUGACAUGCCACUUGUAAGAUGCGAAUUGAUUAGGGUACUUAAUUUUAUACCAGAAAACUAAGUGGAUGACAUUUCCAGAACUGACUUUGGCAUUUGGACUCAGGCAGUCCAAACAUAGGUAAAGUGUAAAUUGAGCAGUUACUCACCUGUGAUGAAAGCUUGUGUGUGGUGUCUCAGUUCAGUCCUGCAGUGAACUGGUGACUUGAAAGUCUGUUUCUAAAAAGAGCAAGUACAAAUUUGGUUACAGUUGCUGAUUUUUUUUUUUAAACCUUUAUGGCAUAUCUGUACAAUUAUAACAAUUUUUACCCUUUUCUAAGAUCAUUAAUAUGACCGAUAUCAUGACUUUUUUGAAGGGGGAGCAUGGCAAAAUACAGAAAUGUAAACAUGUUUCCAAAAGGUCUACACUUUGCUGCUUAUUUUUUCAGGUUGUGUUUGGAGAAUGUUUCCUAUUGGUUAGUAUGGGUCUCCUGUGUUCUUUCAACCUGCUGUGUGUGCAAUGGGAUGACUCUGGCCAUUUUUUGUUAGUGAACAUUUUUCAGUUACUCCUAAUUUUUAUUAUAAAUGAUGUUCCAGUGAACACUCUUUUAUAUGUCCCUGUAAAUGUGCAUGACUCUUUCAAGAGUAGAUACCAAGUGGUGGAAUUGCUGGAUAAAUUCUGUGCGUUUUUAAUUUUAAUAGACCCUACCAAUGGUGCUUCCAAGUGGCUGACUACUUUCCCCUCUAAUACACUAUGGGUGGUAAUGUAUGAGAAUACUGCCUUUUUCUCUUUUAUCAGACUUAAUUUUGGUUAAUCUGAUGGAGGGAAAAUGAAAUUUUGUGUAUUUCCCAGUUAACUAGUAAGAUUAAGCAUCUGUUUUUAUUGCUUAUAUGUAUUUCUUCUUCUAUAAAUUGCCUGUUUAUGUCCUUUACCCAUUUUCAGCUGGGUAAUUUUAUAUUGAUUUAUUAGUAUUUAAAAAUACAGUUUAUAUACUGAUCAUACAUUAUAUCUAAGUGUUUUCUCUCAGUUUAUUGCUGGUUUGUUAAUUUUGUUGAUGGUGUUUUUUUGUGUGUGUGUCUGUUUGAUUGUAGAUGUUAUAAACUAUGUUGUCAGUUUUAUUGAGUUUUUUCCUUUAUGUUUUGCUUAUUUCCAUAUAUAUAUGAGUUUGUUUCUCAAUUCUGUUCCAUUUAUCUAUUUGGCCAUUUGUGUGCUAAUACUACACUUUAUUAUAGUUUUGAAAUACAUUUUGAUACAUGGUAAA